GAUGGGUAAGCGCAUCCUACUGCUGCUGCUGGGCCUCUCCUUGCUGUUGGGCUUCCUGCAAGCUCUACGUUGUUACCGGUGCUUUCAUGUCAGACCUGAUGGGAGUUGUGAAUUUCAGAGAACCAUCUGCGAUGCCGGGGAAAAUGAGGAGUGCCUUCUGGUUAAGUACUAUCUUGGUAACAAGAUCAUCCGUGGAUACCAGAACUUUAGGCACAGCUGCACCAACAGGACCAUAUCCCUAGGACGUUUUCAAGUGGUUAAUUCAUGCUGCAAAGACAAGGAUCUCUGUAACAGAAUGUGGAACCUUGGAACUUGAUCCGAAGCUUUGGUUCUCCAAAUGAGCCCUUCUCAUUUCUCAUGUGUAAGCCUUGAAGGACUGGGCUCUCUUUCCCCAUCAUUGUGCAGUCCCUGAAAUCUGCUCCUUCCCAGCUACAAGUGCUCAGAUUUUAAGAGCUCAAUGCAACUGAUAGGGGCUUCCUCUCUCCCACCACCUGUGGAGCUCUGGCAUUUCUUAGAUUCUGGUCUCCUUCGUUUGCUUUGUUCCUCCCUUCUGUAUAAUUCAUUUUAAAUUUGAGACUCGUUUUAUGGUCACUGGUAUGGACUGAAAUAUGUCCCCCCAAAAUAUGUGUUAUAAAUCCCAACCUUUAUCCGUAUGGUUACAAUCCUCUUUGAGAAUGGGUUGUCUUUGUUAUGUUAAUGAGCCAGGAUUAUUGUAGGAUAUGUCCUGAGUCAAUCUCGCUUUAGAUAUAGAAGAAAUUAAAAAAGCAAAUGGAGCUGAGAUGAUGUAAGAUAGAUCCCAAGGCACAUGGAGAUCUCCAAGGCACCAGGAAGCAGGAGCUGAAGAGGCAAGAGAGCUAAGAGAGAGAGAAAGCCUUCCCCUUGAGUUAGCCCUCUGACAUUGGAUUUCUAACCUUCAGAACUGUGCAAAAAAUAAAUUUUUGUUUGUUAAAGCCA